UCGUGGUACCGAAGGUCGAGUCGAACAUUGAGCGAACAGCCGAGAUACUGAACAAAUGGAACACGGCUCGCCGCAUGACGUCCACGUUCCCAUCAAAGCUGAAGGCGGCUGCCUUGCUAUCAGCGGCUGCCGAUCGCGAGCGUGGUUCGGACAGUCCCACCAAGAAGCCGAGUGGUUCUGACACUCCAUCCAGUGAUGCGCGAGGCAGAAAAGUGCAGUACAACCUGCAGAAUUCUGACGAAGCGCCGCUGGUGGACGGGCAGAGUUUAGAUGCCCCAUCAGGAACCCGGACACCCCAAGCAGAAAGGAAGAAACAAUCCUCCCCAAGAACGCCAAAGCCUCUCUUGAAGUCUGUCGAGAAAUUACGUCUUGUAGACUCCCAGACCUUCAAGAAGAAAAAGGACAGUGAGGAGAAAGACGAGGAACGUGAGGGAGGCCGCAGCGUCACUGAAGGCGCCGACUCGGAUGACCGGUGCCCUCGAGAGACGCUGCCACUACUGGACGUCGCCUUGCCGUAUCCAGUGGUGCCUCGGCCCGCACUAGUUCGAGAGCUGAGCCGGCAGUACGCUGAGCCGCAUGUGCCACGGGUGAACGUCUGUCCUCCGACGCCCCUGCACACUGAUCACGACGAACGGAAGGCACACAUCGAACGCCAGGACACGGAUUCGUUGUGACGCAAGCCGUGCCGCUCCUCACGAUGCAUGCAUGUGAUGUCAACAUGUGUGUUUGUAAUAACUGUACUUAACGUCUUUACCUUAUCUUCCUCGUAACGUCCAGUCACUUGGUCGGACAGUACGUAUGCCUUCAAGAGAACAACACUGCUUUUGAACUUGUGUGUACAAGCUAAUAAAAAAGAACAUA